CUCCACCGGCAGCGCAGCUCCGCCGGGCGCGCCGGCGGCAGGACCGCUCCCGCCACCCCUGCCCUCCGCCCGGGAUCCCGGCCCCCGGCUCGCAGGAGCCCAGGCAUGGCUGCCUCCUACUGGAUGCUGUCAGCUCUCUUUCACCUUGUUUGCACUUCCAAUGUUGAUGUGAAAAAUGCACUGACCUUCAGUGGGCCUUUGGAAGACAUGUUCGGCUACACAGUCCAACAGUAUGAAAAUGAGGAAGGGAAAUGGGUACUUAUUGGUUCACCACUAGUUGGCCAACCUGAGAAAAGAACAGGCGAUGUCUACAAAUGCCCUGUAGGAAGGGACAGCCCAUCACCCUGUACAAAACUGAACUUACCAGCUUCUACUUCAGUUCCUAAUGUCGUGGAAGUAAAAGAAAACAUGACUCUUGGAACAACCUUAGUGACUAACCCAAAAGGCGGGUUUCUGGCAUGUGGACCACUUUAUGCUUAUAAAUGUGGACGUUUGCAUUACACAACUGGAGUUUGUUCUAAUGUCAGCUCCACUUUUGAAACUGUUGAGGCCAUUGCUCCGUCUGUGCAAGAGUGUAAAACCCAGUUGGACAUUGUCAUAGUCCUUGAUGGGUCUAACAGCAUUUAUCCAUGGGAGAGUGUCACAGACUUUCUGAACAGCCUCCUGAGAAAUAUGGAUAUAGGUCCUCAGCAAACACAGACAAAGUUUGAAUAUCAGAUGAGUCUUGAACCUAUAAAGCAAACGUGCUGCUCACCAUUAAAACAGGACACCUGCAAAGUUCUUAAGAAUGAGCCUUGCGGUGCACGGUUUGGGACUGCAAUUGCUGCAGUGAAGGACCUCAACCUGGAUGGAUACAAUGACAUUGUGAUAGGCUCCCCCUUGGAAGAUGACCAUCGGGGAGCUGUUUAUAUUUAUCAUGGCCGUGGGAAAGCAAUCAGUAAAAAAUAUUCACAGCGUAUUGCAUCAGGUGGAGACGGGGAAAAAGUGAAAUUUUUUGGCCAGUCUGUGCACGGAGAAAUGGAUUUAAACAACGACGGGCUGAUUGAUGUUACCAUCGGAGGCCUUGGUGGGGCUGCCCUCUUCUGGUCUCGUGAUGUGGCUGAAGUAAAUGUUUCCAUGCAAUUUAUACCUAAAAGCAUCAAUAUUCAACAACAAAAUUGUCAGAUAAAUAUAAAGAAAACAAUAUGCAUAGAUGCCACAAUUUGUUUUAAGACCAGACUAAAGUCAAAAGAAGAUAUAUUUGAAUCCAGUCUGCAGUAUUGGAUUACCCUUGAUGCACAAAGACAGAUAUCUCGGAGCCUGUUCACAGAAAGCCAUGAGAGGAAAAUGCAAAAAAAUAUAACUAUCAAAGGGUCAGAAUGUACGAAACAUAACUUCUACAUGUUGGAUAAGCCUGAUUUUCAGGACUCAGUAAAGGUAUUGCUGGAAUUCAAUUUUUCUGAUCCAGAGAGCGGACCUGUUCUUGAUAGCAACUUGCCAAAUUCAAUAGCAGAAUAUAUUCCUUUCACAAAAGAUUGUGGAGCCAAAAAUAAAUGCAUUUCAGAUCUUGUUCUGAUUGUAAAAGCAAGCAUAGCUGGAGACAGCUCUUCUCCAUUCAUUGUAAAGUCACGCAAUGAUAAGUUCACCAUCCAGCUCUCUGUGAAGAACAAAAAAGACAGUGCCUAUAAUACCAGAGUUUUGGUUCAAUAUUCUCCAAAUAUUAUUUUUGCUGGCAUUGAGGAUAUACAGAAAGAUAGCUGUGAAUCCAAUCACAACAUCACCUGUAAAGUGGGAUAUCCAUUUCUAAAACCUUCAGAAGAGAUUUCCUUCAAAAUAUCAUUCCAAUUCAACGCAUCAUAUCUCCUGGAAAAUGCUACUAUUCAUGUGUAUGCAACAAGUGACAGUGAGGAACCACCUGAGACCCUGAGUGACAACAGAGGACAUGUUACAAUUCCAGUGAAAUAUGAAGUAGGAUUAAUAUUUGUAAGUGUUUUCAAAGAGCACCAUGUUAUAAUUGCAGCAAACGAUACUGUCCCUACUGCUAUUAACACAACAGAGCAGAUUGGGGAUGAAGUUACUCUACAUUAUAGGAUUGAAAAAGGUGAACACUUUCCAAUGCCAAACCUCACACUGCAGAUCUUAUUUCCAAAUGUUACAGCUGCCAAAAACACUCUUCUCUAUCUUACUGCACUGUCACAUUCCCAGAAUGCCAUCUGCCAAACUAGUUACCCUGUAGAUCCCUUAAAGAUUGGCACUGGGAAGCCAUUUGUGUUGUCAAAAAUAAAAGAACCUACAAGGGAUACAAUUAUGGACUGUGAUACGUACAGCUGUGCCUCUAUUAAUUGUGCCCUGGUCCCAUCUGACAUAUAUCAAGUGAAUGUUUCGUUGAGAGUAUGGAAACCUACCAUCAUAAAAGCCAGUAUUCACAGCUUGACCCUUGUUGUGAAAGCAUUACUUAGGAGUGAGAACUCAUCACUGAUUUUGAGAAAUGACCAUCAAAAACUGGAGACCAUGAUUAAAAUUUCCAAAGAACACCCACCGGGUACAGUCCCUUUAUGGGUUAUUCUCCUGAGCAUCUUCGCCGGACUCUUGAUUCUUGCACUGCUUAUAUUUGCUCUGUGGAAGGCUGGAUUUUUCAAAAGGCCAUUAAAGAAGAAAAUGGAGAAAUGAAAAAAGGGAAAAAAAAAAAAAAAAAAAAAAAAAAGCAGAAAUUUUUGCUCAGGUCUGCCUCCAAAAUAUUACUGUAAAAUUAUAAACUUGGAUGUAAUGAUUACAAUGCUUUCUACAUGCUGGUGCAUUAAAAAAAAAACAACCCAUGAAACAGAAAAACAAGAAGAAAAUCAAGCGCAUAUGCAAAGGAAUUAUGAACAAAAAAAAUAAACAACCUUGCAGCAUUUUGUGAUCUUCAACAAUGUACCUUUAAGCGUUACUCAUUUCUGGAGAGUAACUGAGUUCAAAGAUUCUAAUGUUUUUGAAUACGGAAAGUUUGUAAUCAUAUUUUUAUAUACCUAUGUAUGUGGAACCAUUUUUCAUUCCAAAUUACACAACAGGUCAGCUUGUAUGUAGCAAUCCCAGUCUUUUUUAUCGCCUUAUGAUUUUCAAAAGGAAAAUGCAUUUUCAAAAUUCCCUCCUAAUGUCAGUUCUGUGGAAGCAGAUUCUCAAUUCACUACAAGGCAGAACAUGUAAACUUUGAGAAUGCACCAAAUACUGUGUGAUAGCUGAGGCAGCAGCAACUCAGAAGACAGAAGCACCUCCAAAAUAUUGGGUGAAAAUUACCGAAACACCAUGGAUUUCUCUUUCUGCUCAUUUUAGCAUGUCAGCUGAACAAAGGAUACUUCAAGAAAGGGAUUUUUUUGAUCAAGAGGACCAUAAAGGGUUGAUCCAUUAAAUCACAUAACUGUUUGAACUUGAAAUAUAUUUUUGGCAGGCCUAAAAAUGCGCAAAUCAUUCAAGCUCGUCUGAUUGCACACUGUACUCAAAUAAGCAGGGGCAUAAUUGUAUCUGAAAACUGAAAUGUCCGUAUUUAUGUGGAAAAUGUUUAGAGGCAUCCUGAAAGUUUGACUCUUGCUGUAUAUCUUGGAGUAGCCAGCAGGGUGCUUCAUAAACUGUCACUGUAAAUUUAUUGUGUAGCUAUUUAAUCCAAUGAAUUUAAAGUGUACAAAAUUAAAAUUAUCAAAAGAGCACAGAUAGGAAAUUCAGCACUGGCAAGCUUCUUCUAGUCUUAUAAGUCACAGCUCAUCUUUAUUACUUAGGAAUUUAAGAAGUGAUGAAGAAUUUGCAUACUAAAUAAGCACUUAAAAAUUAUGUUUAUUUUGUGUCAAAGAUUAAAAGUUUAUAUGAGAAUACACUGAAAUGUAGAUAGCAAAAGGUUUCUUUAAGAAUUUUUUCUUUCUAUUUAGAUCAUUCAGUUUCUUCCUUUCUUUCAUGCACCUGUCUUCCUCCCAUGAGGAUCUCUCCUUGGGGCUCAUGGCUGUGCCAUGACCUUGAGACCUUCCUGUGUUUCUUGGAGACACAUGAAAUUAACAGGAGAAAAAGGAUGCAUGCUGGCAAAGUGUGAUGCUGCCUCAGCGUGAUUCAGAAUUGAUUACCGGUAGGAGAGAAAAUGCUGAGGAGGUGUUCUAAGUUCUGUAAGACAUACUUGUUGGCCAAAAAGCUUUGCCUUGCAAAGGAAGCCAGGAAAAUUUCUUCCUCCUCUGGGCACAAAUAUUACUGAUUUUUUUUUAAAAAAAAAAAAAAAAAAAAAGUUUUUGCUUAUCACUGUCCUUCUAGUAAUAGCUUAAAAAGAGUAAUAAAUUUUAUAAAUACUUAUUUUUCAAGGAGAGAAUGUAGAUUGAGUUGAACAUGCUGACAACUCUGAAAGUAUUCCAGAAGGUGCUUCAUUGCUUCAAAGAUGCUGUCACUCUUCAGUACCUUUUAUUUAGUUCCUUAAAAGUUAGGGAAAGUAGUUAUUGGGGAAGGCUGACUUAUGUGAAUGCAACGAGUAGGAUUGAGUUUGAAAGUGUUGGCAAUUUCUCCUCAUGUCUGUGGGAAAGGUGGUUAUUUCAUAGCAGCACUCUGCUGAAGGUAGCAGUAUGACUCAGAGGAGAGGGCAGAGCCCUCCGUGGGAACACUGUGGGUGGCUGUGCUUUGCAGAGCCUGAGAGAUCUGCUGAGGCAGUGGGACAUGGUUACUGUGCUCCUCUGGACAGCUGGAAGGGCACCCUGCCUGAAGGAGGUCUUAGCAAAGACCACAUGAAUGGAAGCAAUAAAGUGACGUAGAGGAAUUGUGGAUAGAAACCCUGCUUCAUUCAUUCUGAAAGCCAAAAAUCUAUCUGUUGAACUGUGAAGAUAAAUACAACAGUGAUUUCAGUCCCAAGCAAGAUGCAGGUUUUACUUCAGAAAAAUAUAUUAUUUCUCUCAUUUGUUUAAAAGAUUUAAAUAGCAUUUGUCACCAUGACAUUUGAACACAUUGAAAUUGUAAUUCUUCUCUCACAGUAUCUCUGAAAAGGCAUAGCAGUGUUGUUAACCUCUUAUGAGUUUGUAAAGAAACAGAAUUUUGAAGGAAUUGUGACUCAUCUAUGCACACGUAGGAAGUCUAUGGUAGCAGAGGAAAUACUUGUAUUUAUUAUUAUUCAUUCAGCUUGUUAACAAUGAGAUCAUUUUUCCUGGCUUCAUAAAAUUACUCACAAGUUGUGUAAAACACAUAAUUCUUAUGCAGCAUAUUUUUAAGUGUUUCACUAUUUAGUUAUGAUAAGCUGUUAGCCAGAGCUUUUAAUUUUUCCCAUGACUUUUCAUAUCUUAUUUUAAAACAUCAACCUAACUGAAAAAUAUAUAAGUCAAAAGAAGUCUAUUUCCCUAGAUGAAGACUAUGCAAAAAUAAAUCAGUAGUAUUUAUCAAUGUAGAGUAUAAAAUCAGUGUUUCAUUUUAAACUCUCUUUGCACUGUAAAAUCAGUAAUAAGCUUUGUAUAACCACGCUGCUUUCCUUUUUCAUGAUACUUUCUCUCUUUUCACAUUUCACUAUUAUCAUGUUUUCAACUAUAAUAUCUAUUUAAUAGAUAAGUAUACAUACAUACAUACAUACAAGUAUGUCAAGGGGAUAGCACUAUAGCACAUUACUCUUACACGAUUCUUAACAAUUAGAAAAUUCAUUGUUUUUAUCCAUACUAGCCUUUCCACACAGCACUGGAAGAGCAGUAUUUUACUGCUUUUCAUGAUAUACAACCAAAAAAACCUGCUGAAAGUGAUUCCUUGAGCAAAGCAAUAUUGCAAACAUCAGGAACAUCUUACUUAAAUUUGGCAGGCACUAAAGUAGCGGAACCUAAUUUUACAGCAUGUAAUCAGUUUUAUUCCUAAGAAUAGACACAUUGGGUUGUAAUGUGAUUCUAAUAACUAUGAAGAUAAAUAUUUUUUAUGGAAGCAAAAGUGUGUAAAAAUUAAUAAUAAACUGGGUGUGUUACCACAGAUUAGGCAACUAAAGUUCCCACCCAACUCAUUUUCUGACUUCAGCACUGAAGCAGGUAAUUUUGUGGGAAUGGACAAGCUACUUUUCUAUAGGGCAGGGAUUCUCUGCACACUCCUGCCUCAAUAUCAGGUUGUUCUAGAGAUUGCUGAUCCCAUACGUGAUUUUAGAAAACUUAGGAAACAGCAUCUCCAUUAGAGCAUUCUCCUUGAGCAGCUGGUUGUGCUCCAUGGGCAGUUCCUUUGCUUGUCUGGUUUCACUCUAAGUCAUAACUAUGAGCCAUUACUACAGACACAACCCACAUACCCUGACCCUUACCUGAGCUCUUUAGUGCAUAUCCUGUGCUGAGUCAUUUUAAGCAUGGUAUUCCUCUUUUUCAGAACUUGAGUCAGAGGAAUCAACCUUAAACUGAAGCCAAGGGUUUUCAUCUCACCUGGCACCAAGAGGCUGGAGUUAGGGUCAUAUUCAUCUCAUGAAUUCCACAUAAUCUAAUUGGUUAAUUUCUUUAAUUGCCUAUUGUAUAGAUGAUGACCCAUUCAAAAGUAAAAGCAGAUAAGAUAAUCAGAAUGUACUGCUCUUACCUAUACCACUUAACAGGAAUAAAUGGGGAUUUACAUACUUCUUAAAGAAAACCACAACAUUCUGCAUAGCAUUUUCUUUUUCCUGUAAAAGUAUUCCAUGUGCUUUAUUGAUUAAAACAGAAAUUAAGAGUCUAA